CCCACCCGCAGUAGUAUUGUACCGUACUUUGCCGCAGGCGGUGUGCCAGCAGUAGAUUUCAUGGUUUAAAGAUUGCACAGAUGUCGGCCUGAGCAGUUUGGUCGAGCAGAGUAGUUACCGCAUCGCCUUUUUAUCUCCCUACUUGAUAAUUGCCGGUAAUGGCGACUUUCGUGAGUGAACUGGAAGCAGCUAAGAAGAGCCUGAGCGAGGCUUUGGGAGAAAACGUGAAACAAUACUGGGCAAACCUGAAACUUUGGUUUAAGCAGAAGAUCAGCAAAGAGGAGUUUGAUGUUGAAGCCAGACGGCUUCUCACUCAAGACAAUGUGCACUUUCACAAUGAUUUCCUGCUGGCUAUACUCACACGUUGCCAGAUUCUCAUUUCAUCUCCUGAGGGAACUGGUUCCUUAAACUCUGCAACCAAACCUGGAAAACCGAAAGGGAAGAAAAAGAUCUCAUCAGUUCGACAAAAGUUUGAUCAUCGAUUUCAACCACAGAACCCACUUGCAGGAGCACACCAGUUUGUUAGCAGAGAUCCACAGGAAGAUGAUGAUCUGAAGCUGUGUUCCCACACUAUGACACUGCCAACACGAGGACAGCUUGAAGGACGCAUGAUUGUUACUGCCUAUGAACAUGGCCUGGACAAUGUAACAGAAGAAGCUGUUAACAUUGUUAUCAAUGCUUUAGAGCAACAUUUAAAGGAUUUGUUGACCUCAGUGGUGUCCCGGAGGCAAUCCUACCGUUUGAAAGAUGGCCACUUUAGGUAUGCAUUCGGAUGCAAUGUAAACCCCCAGCCUUAUCUCAGAAACAGUGUUGCGGCAUACAAUCAACUAAUCGAAGGCCCCUCCGCGUCCACUCUUACCCAUGGGAACCUCAAUCCUGGAACACAAGUGCACCCUGAUGAUGCAGAACAACAAGCUGCCCUUUUAUUGGCCUGUUCAGGAGACAGCGUACCAGCCAGCCUACCUCCUGUUAACAUGUAUGACCUUUUAGAAGCAUUACAGAUUCACAGAGAAGUCGUCCCAUCACAUACGGUCUACGCCUUGAAUAUAGAACGGGUCCUAAUGAAGCUCUGGCAUCCAACUACAGAGGAGUUACAGCAAGAUGAAAUACAUCGCCAAAGACUGAGUGCUAAAGAUGGAAUUCUUUUGUACUGACUUGCUGCGAUCAUGACUUUACUGAACAAAAUGGUUAAAUCUAACCAAAACUUUUGCCCAAGAUUUACAUCAGGGCUUUAUGUUACAUGGACAUGGUUUUACAUCUAUGCAUUCAAAAUCGCAAUACAAAUUUAAUUUAA